AUGUCUAGGCCGCUUUUCCGCUCGCGAUUAGCAUCCAGCCGGUGCUUGGCCUCCUUGUCCCGCUUCAUCUCACAUCCCGCCCCCAUCACCUCCUCACGGCGAUAUUACUCCGCCGCCCCCGCCUCAGAAGAGCUCAAGAAGACUCCUCUGUACGACUUCCACCUCGCUAACCAGGGCAAGCUCGUCCCAUUCGCCGGAUACCACCUCCCCAUCCAGUACGGCUCCCUCUCCCACAAGGAAUCCCACCACUUCACCCGCACCAAUGCCUCCCUCUUCGACGUCAGCCACAUGGUCCAGCACAUCUUCAAGGGGCCCGACGCCGCCGCCUUCCUCGAGACCGUCACCCCCUCGGACUGGCGCGGCCAGGGCUCCAUGCAGAGCAAGCUGACCACCUUCCUCUGGCGCGAGACGGGCGGCAUCGUCGACGACUCCGUCAUCACCCGCCUCGGCGAGCAGGAGUACUACGUCGUCACCAACGGCGCCUGCCUCGAGAAGGACCUCAAGUACUUCGACGAGGAGCUCGGCAAGUUCGGCGGCUCCGUCGAGUGGACCACCCUCGACAACUCGGGGCUCCUCGCCCUCCAGGGCCCCCGCAGCGCCGAGGUCCUCCAGGAGGUCAUCGCCCCGUCCUCCGCCGUCGACCUGUCCAAGCUGUACUUUGGCAAUGCUGUCUGGGCCAACCUCAAGCUCUCCGGCGGGGAGGAAUCCCACCCUGUCCUUAUCAGCCGCGGCGGCUACACGGGCGAGGAUGGCUUCGAGCUCUCCUUCAACGGCAAAGCCUACCCGGCCUUUGAGAGCACCCCGCUCGCCACGCAGCACCUCCUCCAGAACGCCGGUCCCGAGCGCCUCCAGCUCGCCGGCCUCGCCGCCCGCGACUCCCUCCGCCUCGAGGCGGGCAUGUGCCUGUACGGCCACGACCUCGACGACACCACCACCCCCGUCGAGGCCGGCCUGAGCUGGAUCAUCCCCAAGGAGCGCCGCGCCUCCGGUGGCUUCCACGGCGCCGAGGUCAUCAACGCCCAGCUGACACCCAAGAGCAAGGGAGGCAGGGGGGUUGACCGCCGCCGUGUGGGCUUCGUCAUCAACGGUGCCCCCGCGCGCGAGGGCGCCGAGAUCCACAAGGACGGCGAGAAGGUCGGCACCGUCACGAGCGGGCUGCCCAGCCCGACGGUGGGCAAGAACAUCGCCAUGGGCUACGUCAAGGACGGGUUGCACAAGGCCGGCACCGAGGUGGACAUCGUCGUGCGGGGAAAGAAGAGGAGCGCUACGGUGA